GGCUUCGGAAAGUAAAAUUUGCAUGAUCACUGGGAAUUGUGUUUACUGAUGCAAAAAGCCGUGGUGUAUCAAAUGUAUCAUUUUAGUGCUUCUAUCAUAGAAUUUCAUUAAGUUUUGCGCUCAAAGUUCUUUGCCGUGAUUCCCCAGACUGCGUGACAAAUUGACGUUCCAUGACCCUUUGUUUUGAGACCGUCUAGAUUACCUUCUGGAAGAUUCAGUUGAACUGAUCUCUUAACACUGCCUUGAGGGAAAGCGAUUCCCCCGCUUAUUCGACUCUUUAUGGCCUCUGAUCUAUCCAGUCUCGUGGAUUUUAGUCCAGAAGACAUUGCAAAGAGCAUCUUAGUCUCAGGCAUUACUCCAGGAACCAAACGUGAAGCUAUUGUUAUUCACUUUCAGCAGCAUAAACAUGGCGGCGGCGACGUAUCAUCUGCGAAAUUCUCACAAAAUGGAGACAAAGCAGUGAUUACAUUUGAAGAGAAAGAGAGUAAGUUCAUUUUGUUUCAUAGAUUUUCGUUCUGUUGUAUCAAUCAUCGAGCAUUUGCAAAUUUUAGGGCAAAAAUAGCAUUUUGUGAAAUUUGAAAGCGAAUAUUCUAAAUAUUAUCGAAAAAAUUUACUGAAUCCAUUAAUUAUCAGCUACUCUGCUAGCGGAGACAGCGGAGCCAGAGAAAAAAGUUCAUUAAAAAGUAGUUUACACAGGCAGCAUUUAAUAUUUAUCUGUCGAGUGAUCGAUGGUUUCAAAGAAAUUCAACUGUCGCACUGAAUGGGAAUGAAUUAUUAAGACGACAAAAGGGGAUGAUAAGUUGGAAAGAAAGGGAAAAUUGUGCCCUCCUCCUAAGAAGGCACAAUAAACGCACUUCAUGUUGGAUACACGGUGCUGAAAAUGGCGUAAAGAAUUAUAAGAUUCGUUGAUACUUUUGGAUCUGUUAUGCUAAUUACUACAGGACAGAAAACUCUGAGAACCGUUCAUAAGAAAUUUUCAUGUGUCUCAUUCUUUAUUUCGUAGCUGUAGAGAAAGUUUUGAAAGGAGAACAUAGGUUUGAAGGGGUGUUGCUUAAAGUUGAUCGGCUUUCAGGGAAUAGAAGACCAACAUCCAACGAGGUAAGUUGUAGUGCGUACUCUAUGCAUGUGUCACGCAACGAACGCAGCUUUGCGUUACGAUUCAUGAUUUAUUUCAUGACAUAUUUAACCGUUUUUUUGUGCGUUUGUGUGCCUUUUUUCUUUCUUACCUUCUGGUUUGUUUUUCUUUCAUUCUGUUCUGUUCUUUACGGCAUGCGAGUUUGUUUGUUUGAUUUUUCGACAAUACAAGGUAACGUCUUCACACAUGCUACAUAGUCGGCAACCAAAUAUGAGUUGGUUAAGAAUUCUUUCUGACAGUGGUAAGAAGACCAGUUGGAGCACGCUGACUCCUCGAGGCAAUUAUUUAGUUGUCACGGGGCAUCAUACAUUCUCUUAAGCCAUAUAAUUCUGAACGUAUUCUAGUUGUAGGUUAAACCUCUAUUGAUUCCUUAAUUAAUUUCUACAGAUAUUUACUUACGUGACGGCAACGUUGGAUCCCGUUGAGUUGGGUAUUUCAUUACAGGAAGCCAAGCAGAUUUUGGAAAACGUCAAAGAGGACAUCGAUGUAUCUAUCCAGAACGAUAACAAAUUGUUUGUUUUGACUGGAAAGCUGAAAGAAAUCAAUGAAUGCCACUUUCUUGUGAUGAGGUAUCUAAGCGAAGGUCAGCCAGUCGAUGCGCAACUGAACAACCUUUCUUUGGCGAGCAAAGGCGCAGAAGUCGAGAAUGGGGGAGCAGGAAAGGCGCCAACAACGUCUGGAAGAUCUGACGUUAUCGUAGCUACGAGAGUCGAUGAAAGUCCCGGAGCGAAGGUCAUCCCUGUCAAUGAAGUCAACGGCGCCGACCAGGAAGGACGUGUUCAUCCCACAGUAGAGGCACGAUGGUUUCGAGUAGAUCCAUAUGCCUCCCGUUUUAUGGAGAAGUUUUUUAAAAAGCAGUUAGAUGAAAUCAAUGCAAAAUUUAUUGUGGAAAUUACCGCUUCGGAUGACGGUACUCGAGUUAUACUUCAGGCUAAACAGAACUGUGAUCCUACAAAAUACAACACUGCUUGCAGUGAACUUUCAGAACUUAUUAAAACUGUCACCCAGGGUAUGGUUAUCAAUGAGCUGGACUUAAAAGGUGCAGACGAGGAUUCAGCUAAAGUUUUAAUGGAUUACAUUGGAACUAUGUACCCAGUGAUCAUUGACCGGCCCCAAGAACACGGUCCGUUUUUUGUGUAUGGUGAUGCUGUAUCUGUAAGAGAAGCCAGGCGAACUGUGGAAGGAGGAAUGAGUCAACAAGAAAGUUAUGAUACUGGCCUUGGUACUCAUGAAAUGGCAAUGGCAGCACCAGAAAUGAUUUCUUUUGAAACCUCUAGUUAUCGAUCAGAAAAUGGUGUGUGUAUUUCCCUUCGUUAUGGAGACAUCACUGCCGAGGAGGUUGAUGCAAUCGUGAAUCCUGCUAACGAAUUUUUGUCCCACUUAGCUGGCCUUGCAAAGCUGAUCGUCCAAAGAGGUGGGCUUGAAAUUGAAAGGGAAUCUGACACGUUGAUGCGAAAACGCGGCUAUCAAGCGCUUCACAUUGGAGACGCUGUACCUACAGUCGCUGGAAAUCUUCCCUGUAAGUUUGUCAUUCAUGCCGUUGGUCCCGAGUGGGUUAAACACUCACAUACAGAAAAUAUGAAACUUCUAAAGAAAGCAUGCCUCCAGAGUCUUAAAGUGGCUUCUAAACUCGGUUUAUCAUCCAUUGCCAUACCAGCAAUUAGUUCCGGUAUCUUUGGUGCCCCUAUUGAUGUGUGUGCCUUUGCCAUGUUAAACGCAGUGGAGGAGUAUCUCAGGAUGCCGACGGUAACAAAGAAAGAAGAUGCAAGGAAAAAAGGGUCAAAACAAAGUAACCAGAAACACAUACAAACAGAUAAAAAGGAAAUAUCGACGAAGCCGCCGAAAGACACGCCGAGCGAAAUUAACGAUGAAGAAAAGGAGAGAGAAAACCCAAAAGCCGUUCUAAACGAUAUUCGUUUUGUCCUCAUUGACGCCGACUCAAUGGAUGUCUUCGAGAAACAGUUCAUCGAAAGAUUCGGUGAUGUUAUUACUGAUGACUUUGAUGAUGUCGAUGACGAACAUGAUGAUGAGGAAGUUUAGCGCGAGAAAAUCGCAAUUCCAAUCUUAAAUUAGACUUGAACUCGUAAUGGGAACUGUCACUGGGGAAACUUUACUUCAGCUAACGUUCUUGAUGACCAUUUUUCCUUGCUAUGUGACAUGACUGGAAAUCAUGAUAUCGCCGGAAACACUUUAUUAUCCUCAUCAAAAAGUGGCUAGUGCCGAGUUUAGAUAGUGUAAUCCUAAGGAACCGUCGUCCAUUCUAUCAUUGACAUGGGCCAUUUGAAAGGUCAUGGGAUAAUGAUAAUUUUUUGUGACUUUAUUGGUCAUUGGAUGCCCCAUUGAUUGGUGAUCGCCAAACAUGUUCCCUUUUCUAAGCUUGCAACUGGUUGUAUCUACUUUGUUCAAGCCGCCCUAUAAUAUUUUUCAUAUAUUUUACCACCCUUAUGGUUCACUUUAAGUUAUGGAAAAUUCAAGUUGUUCGUUACAAAUAGCGCGGUUUAAUAGACCAAUGUACUGACUCUAAGUUGAUUUAGACGAUUUGAUUAACUAUGAAAAGUGUGAGCAAACUCAAACCUAGAUCUUCUUCGUCUCAUUUAUUCUUAGGUGCGGUUGCGCAAGUGGAGCUUGUCGACCAAUCGCAGAAUACCACUGUAC